CGACAUGAAAGCAAAGAGGGAGAUGCGUCAGCCGCAUAAUGAAUGAGUUUGACGUAUAAAUAGGCGUCUAUAAGCCACCGAACAUCACUGAAACGAGUUGAAGUACAGGAUCUAAGAUGCAGGCUCUACAGGUUCUCUCUCUGACCCUGCUGUCGGUUCUGGCAGCUAACGCCCAGACCUUACGCCCUGGAAAAUGUCCCCAACCCCCCGUCCAAGCUAACUUCGAUGCCGCCAAGUAUCUGGGCAAGUGGUACGAGAUCCAGAAGCUUCCUGCCGUCUUCCAGAAGGGCGAGUGCACCACUGCUACCUACUCCCUGAAGAGCCCCGGAGUCGUUGGUGUGCUCAACAGGGAGCUGCUUGCUGAUAACACGGUCAGUGCUAUCACUGGCUAUGCUAAGGCCAAGGACCCCUCUGAGCCUGCCAAGCUGGAAGUCACCUUCUUCGAGGACUCUCCCCCGGACUACUGGGUGCUGUCCACCGACUACGAGGGUUACUCCGUGGUCUACGGCUGCACGGACAUCCUGGGCACCUUCCACGCAGACUUUGGCUGGAUCCUGAGCAGAGAGCCCACCCUCUCUGAGGAGAAACUGGAGGAGCUGUACAACGUGUUCACCUCCAACGGCAUCAACAUCGACGUGAUGACCGUCACCGACCAGAGCCAAGAGCUGUGCGCUGACAUGCCUCUGUGGGCCUAAGAGACUCCUGAUUCAGUCCACAACAGACGUAUGAUUUGCAUUCAUAACAUGGCAUCCACAUGGAUGCCUGCGUGGUUGUUUGUGUUUGGGCUGUACAUGUUAUCUUACGAGGAAAUGCAAUAAAAUUAUAGAAGAAAAAUG